AUGACCGAUGACUCUAGGGUGACUCAAUGGACAGACGAGCAGCAUCGAUUGCAUACGCCCGCGGCUUCCAAGAAUCAGCGAACGAUAUUCCAAACGAGCGUUGCAUAUCAUCCGACCGUCGACAUUCGAGGUGAUGUCGCUGUAAUCUAUGGAAUCAACGACUCCGUCAAAUCUAGGGUCGAAUCAUGGCGAACGCAGGCCUACCAGGUCCACCUUAUGACGGGUGUUGCCUGGGGUGACUAUCACCGAUAUCUGAACGGCGAUUGGGACGGGAAAAAGCAUCUAGAUGAAGCUCAGACUGAUAUUGGGGGCAAUCCCAUUCUUCACGGAGUCGAUGUCCCUUACAUGUGCCCUGGACCUGACUACGGUCGCUUUCUAGCAGAGGGUGUGCUUGAGGCAUGCGCAGCAGGAGUCUCUGCCGUCCAUCUGGAGGAGCCCGAAUUCUGGGCUCGAGGGGGAUAUUCUCCAGCGUUCCAGCGCGAAUGGGAGCUUCAUUACGACGAAUCGUGGGAGGCUCCUCACAGCAGCGUCGAUGCACGAUGGCGUGCAAACAAGUUGAUGUACUUCUUGUAUCGCCGAGCCCUUCAACAAGUCUUCGACGCUGUCCAAGCUUGGAAUGCGAAUCACGCUGCAAACGUUAAGUGUUACGUACCAACCCACAGCUUGAUCAACUACGCCGCCUGGAGGAUUGUCUCACCAGAAUCGUCAUUGGCACUAUUGAAGGGCAGUGACGGAUUUGUUGCUCAGGUAUGGACGGGCACAGCUCGAGAGCCAAACUACUACCGAGGACUACUCAAGGAACGAACUUUUGAGACAGCGUUUCUGGAAUACGGCAUCAUGCAGAAUCUCGUUCGUUCCACAAGCCGCACAAUUUGGUACUUGGCUGACCCUGUGGAGGAUAAGCCAACAUACUCGUGGUCCGACUAUCGCGCAAACUAUCAGUCCACGCUGGUCGCGUCGUUACUGGCUCCAGAAGUUGCCAACUACGAAAUUACCCCUUGGCCCGAACGAGUCUUCGGAUACCCUGGGAAAGAGGGUCAGACUGGUGGAGCCCAUAUACCGGAUGAUUACGCUCAGGAGUUGCAACAGGUUUUCAAUGCCCUAAAGGACAUGAAGCAGUGUACAAUGGACUGCAUUGGCGCCGACUUUCCAGCGCUGGGGGUUGCCAUGAGCGACUCGUUGAUGUUCCAGCGUGGCGGCCCUCAUGAGAGCGACGACAAAAUGGGGCAUAUAUUCGGGCUAUCGAUGCCGUUCGUCAAGCAAGGGAUACCUAUACAGCCUAUGCAGCUUGAGAACUUCAGUCUCGACGGCUACUUGGACAAGGUGUCGGUGCUUCUCAUGUCUUACGAGGGGCAAAAGCCGCUCUCGCCAGAAGUUCACCUCUCUCUUCGUGCCUGGGUGGAAAGCGGGGGGAUAUUGAUCUUUGUCGAUGAUGAUCGAGAUCCUUUCAAUCUGAUAAGGGAAUGGUGGAAUAUUGGAAGCAACCGCUUCACCACCCCUCGACACCAUCUCUUCGGCUUGCUGGGUGCUGAUUGUGGUGAACACGGAUUCCGAGGGCAUCCAGUAGGCAAAGGUACUUUGACAUACCUCCGAUACUCGCCCAGCGAUCUAGCGAACACUCAUAAUGGCUCUGCUAGGCUGAUUGAAGAGGUUGUGAAGAGCCUGCCAGACAUCACAUGGCAACCUGCUGGAUACCUCGGACUUAGACGGGGUCCAUACAUCGCAAUCGCUGGUUUAGAUGAGACGGAGGCGCCGGGAAUCACGCUUGAAGGGUCAUUCGUGGACCUAUUCGAUGCGAAGCUGCUGGUCAAGCGCAGAGUACAGAUCUUUCCAGGGGCCAGACAUCUACUUAUCGACUUGAGCCGGAUGACCAGCGAUGUUGUGGCCUGUGCUGGCCAACUUUCAGACGAGAAAUGUGAUUCGCUCAGUUGGACUGGUUGCGUUCGAGGGGCUGAGGGAACACCAGGUGUGUUGAUGCUCCGCCUCCCUUGGAUUGCCUAUUCAGCAACUGUGGACGAUGAAAAGGUGCAGAUCCAAGUAGAUCCCGAAAUGGGUUUGGUAUGGUUGAGAUUCGACAACAUAGCACGGCCGCAAUCUAUAAGAGUUCACUCAUGCGGUCAUACGUGCGGUUCGGAUGAGGAGGCAGAGAGAUUGGGAUACGUGACCGUCUUCCGCGAGGACGCCGAGCCAUGA